AUGCCGCCGAUGAAGGAGAGGCGUUCUGCCUCCGCAAGUCCUCUGAGAUUAACCAUGCCCCUUAUCUCGCCGGGACAGCUCGCCUACUCCGCCAUGCAAUUCUUACCCGUGCCUCUGCUGGUUCUCAAUACUCUGAAGACCGUCGUCUUGGCGAACGAGUCUAUGGGAAAGCUGCUGGGCAUGGUCGGCGAUGCGCCCCUACCCGAGGAUGAUCCUGCCAUGCUGUGCGAGAGCCUUCGGGGGCAGACGCUCUCCCAGAUUGGCAUUGACAUGGUUCAGGAUGGUAAGCCGAUUUGGGUUUCUUGGGAGUCGUUUCUGGAUGAAUUAAUACUCGAGAUGCGCCCGCAACAAGAGAUCGAUACCUCGGCGUCGAAGUUUAAUCAUGUAGGCGCAGAGGCAACACACACGGCAGGUGCUGCGAAAUCGGAGCUUCCCGGUGGCGCUUCGGGUAAGCCGUCGACGAGUUCUGUCGUGGACGUGGUAGUGCUACCAAAGAACUUCGACGUCGCCGGAGUUCCUAGAUCGAAAAGGUCUGAGUACCAGACGUAUGCGAAAAUGAUCAUUUCGAUAUGGGAGAUCGAAAAUCAACAAACCUAUUUUACCCUGACCUUCACCAACACAGGAUCGUCUCCGUCGUCUGCCCCGCCAACUAGGCGGGUCCGUGUCGCUCGGCCAUCCACGCUCGAGGCCGCCGAACGUAGAUCUAUUUUCAAUUCCAAUCCGCCGUCGCUUGGCUCCGGUCGUUCUUCAAGUUCGCCGUCCUUUGGCGAUAGUCCCAUUUCUAUUACGGUCUCUUCAGGCUCGUUUCCCCCAAACGGGCCUCCCUCACGUCUACCUCAAUCGAGCACUCCGUCGUACCUCCAGAAGUUGACCAUCAUAAAAGAUGCGCUUCUAGACAAGACCGAGACGCCGAUAUUUUCCAUGUGGGUAGAUGGCAGCGCCCCCGUCAUGAACCGAGCGGCUCGGGAACUGUUCAUAACUACUACGGGCGGGUCCUAUCAGGAUGGAUAUGAUCUCCUUCCCAGGUGGGAAGUUUGGGACGGUGACUUCAACAGAAAAUACAGCCCGGCAGAGUUUCCUAUUUCCGUACUUCUAAGAGAGCGGAAGCCUUUCCCUUCUUGGAGAAUUGGCAUGUACGACAAGGCGAAGGAUGCUCGUAUCGUAUAUGAUGUACUUGGUGAGCUGAUUACGGAGGAUGAGACCGGAGAAGUCAUUGCCGGCAUAAUCACCUGUCGCAACGUAACGGGCAUGGCCCAGGAGAUUACAGAAAUAAGGAUAGCGGACAAGGAAAGGUUUCAAUUGAUCUGCGAUACGAUGCCCCAGAUGGUCUGGACUACUAGGCCGGACGGGCUGCAUGAUUUCUUUAAUAGCCGAUGGUACGAUUACACUGGAUUAUCGCCGGAAGAGUCGAUGGGUAUCAAUUGGAAAUGCGCGUUCCAUCCAGACGAUAUACCCGCUAGUAAAAGACGGUGGGAGCACAGCAUAGCUACCGGGGAGCCGUACACUACUGAGUAUCGAUGUCGUGGCAAAGAUGGCAAGUAUAGAUGGAUGUUAGGACGUGCGUUACCGCUCAAGAAUAAACAUACAGGGAAGAUUGAAAAAUGGUUCGGGACUUGCACCGACGUGCACGAGGCUCUCGAGGCGAAGGUGGCCGCGAAGCAAACGAGAGAACAACUUCUUAGCGUCCUUAUACAUGCGCAGACUACGAUCUUCGCCGUCGAUCACGACCUCAAGGUUACGAUGUUGGAAGGCGCGUUGACUUGGGAUCCCGCGAGAGGCGGCGAUGAUCCCGACGGAACAGACCCGCGGACGUAUGUUGGAAAGAGCAUCGACACAGUAUUCACCAACUUAAAUCCGCACCUUCGCUUGGACGAAUUACCUGAAUUCCUCGAGCCGUUGAAGCGGGUCUUGGCUGGAGAACAGACAUCGGAAACGGUGCAUGAGCACAGAUUGGAUGACUGUUACUACCGCACUAGGUUCUUGCCGCACGUGGACAAAUUCCAGCAGCACGGUCAGCUUACCGUGUCACACAUCAAAGGCGCCAUCGGUGUCAUCAUGGACGUUACCGAGUUGAAGAAACGAGAGCAAGAUCUCGAAGUGCAGGUCAAGGAGAAGAGGCAGCUCAAGGCUAACGAAGCGGCGGCUAAAGAAGCGAGUCGUUUGAAGAGUCAAUUCUUGGCAAACAUGUCGCAUGAAAUCCGAACGCCGAUUACCGGGGUGAUAGGAAUGGCCGAGCUUCUUCUCGACUCACCUCUUAACGAAGAGCAGCGAGAAUAUGCGGAGAACCUAAGUCGAUCCGCUAACGCGUUACUAACCGUCAUCAACGAUAUUCUAGACUUCUCCAAGGUCGAGUCCGGGCGUCUCGAUAUCGAAGAGGUCCAAUUCUCUCUCUCAGUAGUGGUGCAAGAUGUUUCCAAGAUGCUGAGUUUUGCGGCCGAGAGGAAAAGCCUGGACUUCCAGUCCGACAUAGCAGCUGAUAUUGAAAAGGACCUCGUAGUCCUCGGAGAUCCCGGCCGCGUCCGACAGAUUAUUACGAAUCUCCUCACUAAUAGCAUUAAAUUUACAAACAUUGGCUACGUCAAGUUUUCGGUUUUGAAAGAAAGGGAGACAAGUGAUACUCUCGAGGUUAAAUUUGUUAUUGAAGACACGGGCAUCGGGAUUGAAGAGGACGUGUUGAAGCGCCUCUUUCAGCCGUUCAGUCAAGGAGAUCCGUCUACCGCCAGGAAAUUUGGAGGAACAGGAUUGGGAUUAACAAUAUCGAAGAACCUCGUUGAUCUAAUGCGUGGAAGAAUCACGCUAGAGUCUACGAUCGGCAAUGGCACUACUGCCACCUUUUGGAUACCAUUCAACAAACCGCAAAAUCCGCAGCGGGACGGGCUUGUCGAUAUAGGUCACAUAUCCGAGCGAUUACAAUCAGAGAUGAGUGUUUCAUGUAAUAGUUCAGAGCACGAACAUUUCUUAGGGACGGCGCCCGCAGAUAAGGGACCGUUAGAUAAGCCGAGACGGCCUCGGCCAAAGAGACCAGCUAAUCUAAUGGCACCUUUCGCCUACGAAAUAGAAGACCUUCCUAAAUCGGAAAGAGCCAAGAUUCAAGUUCUUGUUGUCGAGGAUAACGCGGUUAAUCAACAAAUCGCAACUAAGACUAUCAAGAAACUUGGCUUUAAGGUCUGUGCGGUGUGGAACGGGAAGGAGGCUCUCGAACAUCUCGAAGCGUGCAGGGAGGGCAAGCAUAUCAAGCCGGAUAUCAUUCUUAUGGAUGUACAGAUGCCGGUAGUCGAUGGAUACCAGUGCACUCAUAUAUUACGGCAUCAUGUCCCAUACAAAGCAUACGCCCACGAUGUGCCCAUCGUGGCUAUGACGGCCUCGGCUAUACAAGGAGAUAAAGAGAAGUGUAAGAAGGCAGGUAUGGACGAUUACUUGGCUAAGCCUGUCAAGAGUAAUACCCUUGAGAGAAUGCUAGUGAGGUGGAGCAAGUCCCGUCGAAAAUUAGAAUCGAUAUCGUCUUCCUCGGCCAACCAGUCCGUUUCGGACUGUUCGGAAUCGGCAGAUAGGUGCGUCAGUACGGGCCUCCCUACGCUAGCCACGUUUGGGUUUACGUCGAUAUAUAAUCCCAAAACGCCAUCGGAGCAUGCGCCGCGUCGCGACCUGGAAGGCUCUCCGGAAGACCCUCUUAUGAAUUUCCCCACACCUCGACCGAUAACGUCGCGGAAAGGAUCAAACGAGAUGAACCCAUUUUCUUUCGGGAUCUCUCAACCAUCCAGGUCGCUUGAUAGCAACGAGCUAGCCAUGCAGCUGAGAGAUGAUAAGCUCAUCGACGCUGCUGACAGUCGUAACAAUAAGAAUCCCGGAAAGACGUCCAUGUCGCACUCUUUCCCCGAAGGCGAUUCCUUGACGGAGGCUAACGUUCUCCUGUUGGAGCAGACGAGGAUGAAGGGGUCUCCGGGUAGAUCACCCGUUAGGAAAACAUGA